UUACCGCUGGAGGUCGGGACUCGAGUGAUGUGUCGGUGGCGAGAUCAUAAGCUUCACCCCGUUAAAGUCAUCGAGCGACGCAAAGUUUCGUCUGAAGGAGCCAACGAUUAUGAGUAUUACGUUCAUUACACUGAAUGAGGCUUGAUGAGUGGGUUAAGCUUGAACAACUGGACCUUGAUACAGUGGAAACAGAUGCUGAUGAAAAAAUGGAGGAUAAGGCAACAAGCUUGAAAAUGACGCGUCAUCAGAAACGGAAAAUUGAUGAAACGCAUGUGGAGGGCCAUGAAGAGCUUGAUGCUGCCAGUUUGCGAGAACAUGAGGAGUUCACUAAGGUGAAGAACAUAGCAAAAAUAGAACUUGGUAGAUAUGAGAUCGAUACCUGGUAUUUUUCCCCUUUCCCAGCAGAGUACAAUGAUUCAUUGAAGCUAUUCUUCUGUGAGUUCUGCCUCAACUUUAUGAAGCGCAAAGAACAACUUCAGAGGCAUAUGAGGAAGUGUGACCUCAAGCAUCCUCCAGGGGAUGAGAUCUACCGCAGUGGUACUCUUUCUAUGUUUGAGGUUGAUGGCAAGAAGAACAAGGUUUAUGCACAAAAUCUCUGCUACUUGGCUAAACUCUUUCUCGAUCACAAGACACUCUACUACGACGUUGAUUUAUUUUUGUUUUACAUUCUUUGUGAAUGUGAUGAUCGAGGGUGCCACAUGGUUGGAUAUUUCUCUAAGGAAAAACAUUCAGAGGAAUCUUAUAAUUUGGCUUGCAUUCUCACCCUUCCUCCAUACCAGCGAAAAGGAUAUGGGAAGUUUCUAAUUGCAUUUUCCUAUGAACUUUCUAAGAAGGAGGGCAAAGUUGGAACACCCGAGAGACCACUUUCGGAUCUUGGGCUGUUGAGCUACAGAGGAUAUUGGACUCGAGUUCUUCUAGAAAUACUAAAGAAACACAAGAGCAACAUCUCCAUCAAGGAACUUAGCGAUAUGACUGCGAUAAAAGCCGAUGACAUAUUGAACACUCUUCAGAGCCUAGAAUUGAUACAGUACAGGAAAGGGCAGCACGUCAUAUGCGCAGACCCCAAGGUUCUCGAUCGACACCUAAAGGCUGCAGGCCGCGGGGGUUUAGAAGUCGAUGUAAGCAAAUUGAUCUGGACUCCAUACAAAGAGCAAGGCUAAACCGUGGAUAGGUCACGCUCUGUGAAUGUUUAUCGUCCCUCACAGCUCCGCUAAUGUAACUUCAAACUGUAUAUAUUAAUGGAUGGUGAACUUAUUAUCCCUAAGGUAUCUUCUUCGUUUCUCUUCUUUUUUAAUCAUUUUGUCAGGCGCUGGUUCUGGACAGUAAUUCUUGUCUCUUUAAGCGUGGGCACUGUCACUUCAAAUCCUACGAUUGAUGGGUAGUUAAAUUAUAUUCAAUCGGCUA